UGCCAAUCAGGUUGGCACCCGCUGCGUGUCGGAAAGGAAGUUUUCGGGACCCACGGGGGAGAAAGCAGCCCGGGACGUAGUGAAGCAACUAAAGUGCUCACAGCUUGAAUCGCGCGCUUCUCACCACCACCAACCCUCGAGACGGCCCCAGAUGCGCCGGGCGGCCGAAUUUUGACGCUUGGCUGCCCAUUGGCUCUUCCCGAGGCGGAGGAGGCACACGCGAGGAGAUGCAGCUCGGGCCGGGGCCGUCGAUGGCCCGCGCGGCCAAGAGCGCCUCACGGCUCGGGCGAUUGCGGGUGCCGUCGACAUGUCCCGAGUGCCUCAGAGCCGCGUCUCUCGAUGUCAGGAUACACAGGAUACACCAAGCCAUGGCCCCCUUCCAUUCCGGGAGGCCCAGGCCGUCGGCGUGGGCCGCAGCUGUCUCGGUCGCCGGCAACAUCGUGUCCAACGCCGUCACGCGAGCGUCCAAGGGCGACAUGCCCACCAUCGAUCCGCUGCGGAUCGUCGCGAAGGAGAUGAAGUUCCUAACGGGGAACAUCAGGAAGCUGCUCGGCUCGGGCCACCCUUCGCUCGACCGCGUCGCUAAGUACUACACCCAGGCCGAGGGGAAGCACGUGCGGCCGCUCAUCGUCCUGCUGAUGUCGCGGGCUACCUCGCUCUGCCCGAAGGCGCCGCAGCGUCAGCAGGCGACAAUACAGGCCUCGGCCGCCAUCGACGUCUCCAUCUCUCCGCUCUCCAUCCUCUCCGACUUCAAUCCUUCCGCUGGCGCGGAAAGCGAACCGCUGCCCGCCGAUCCCGAUAUCCUCCCCUCACAGCGGAGGCUGGCCGAGAUCACCGAACUGAUCCACACCGCUUCCCUGCUGCACGACGAUGUUAUCGACCAUUCCGUGUCGCGGCGCGGGGCGCCGUCGGCCAACCUCGAGUUUGGGAACAAGAUGGCGGUGCUGGCGGGCGACUUCCUCCUCGGCAGGGCGUCGGUGGCGCUCGCGCGGCUGCGGCACGCCGAGGUGAUCGAGCUGCUGGCCACCGUCAUCGCCAACCUCGUCGAGGGCGAGUUCAUGCAACUCAAGAACACGGCGCGCGACGAGACCAACCCGCGGUGGUCCGAGGACACGCUGACCUACUACCUCCAGAAGACGUACCUCAAGACGGCGUCGCUGAUCAGCAAGAGCUGCCGCGCGGCCGCGCUGCUCGGCGGCGCGGACGCGCAGACGGUCGACGCCGCGUACAACUACGGCAGGAAUCUCGGCCUGGCGUUCCAGCUCGUCGACGACAUGCUCGACUACACGCGCAGCGAGAAGGAGCUGGGGAAACCGGCGGGGGCAGACCUGGAGCUCGGCCUGGCGACGGCGCCGUUGCUGUUCGCGUGGAAGACGAUACCAGAACUCGGUGCCCUGGUGGGGAGGAAGUUUGCAAAGGAUGGCGACGUUGCGAGGGCCCGAGACUUGGUCAUGCAAAGCGACGGCAUCGAACAGACGCGCGCCCUGGCCCAAGACUACGCCGAGAAGGCGAUCGCCGCCGUCAGCCAGUUCCCGGAGAGCGAGGCCAAGCAGGGCCUGAUUGAGAUGGCGGUCAAGACUCUGAAGCGGAAGAAAUGAACGUGCUGAGCUGCCUUGCGCUGCGCUUCAAAUCCUGCCCGUCGCUUCUACUACGUAACACGAGCAUGAGGCUGAAUAGGUGGCGUACAUAUAUAGAGAGACAGUCAUGUGUGUGGCG